AUUAAUCGGUAUAGCUAAUUCGUCGAGUUCCGCAGGACUUUGGCUUCACCCCGGACCUAGUGGUUGGGGUAAAAGCUUACAUCGUAGUAAAAGCUCUCCGGCUGUUGGUCCACGGCAUGCUGGGAACUUUCCGCAUCCUGGCAUCCUUCGGUGGGUCCAUUCAUCAGUAGAACAAACGCCGUCAGACGGGACAGAUGUGCUAGUGGCACAAGGGCACAAACCGAAGCGAACGGAGGCUCCUGAACUCGACAUCCUCGACUCGUUUGGCGCCAUAUUUACUCGGACCAAUCGGAGUCGGUUACUCCGUAAUUGCGUGCCUGCGUGUGUGCGCGAAAUAGUCCUCUUUUUGACCCUCCUCCGGUUGUUUGUGUAAUUUCGCGCGCUUUUGUGUCGCCCGCUGUCCGGACGACUUAUAUACCAACGGGUCGGAAAAUCGGGUUCCAAAAAAAACGGAUUUGAAAAAGGCGUGAGAUUUGCGGCCAACUGCUGGACGACUGCCAGUGGGCUGAAAUUUUAAUUAGCCAUUUGAUGGCAGUUGGCAGACAACAAAGGCUGAUGUUGUUUUCCCGGAAGCAUCAGAAGCAGCAGCAGGAGCAGGAGGAACCAAAAGCCGAUCAACAAACCAUUCAGCUCUGAGUGUUUUAUGGUCCCGGAGUGGCAGCGACAGCCCUAACAACUAACUAACAAGAACAACACCGGCCUAGGGCUGCAGGAAGUAUCAGCACGAGCCAAGGAAACAAAGCAAUCUAUAAAGAUGGCCGGCGGGGGCAGAACAGCCGGCAAAUACGGUUAUUCGGACAACAAUUAUUACAGUGGUCACUCGUACAAGAGCAUCAACGACGAGAUUAUCCUGGUCAGCAUCAUAAUGGGGAUUACCAUACUGGUCCUCAUCACCAUCGCCCUGUGCUACAUUGCGUAUGAGAAAUGCCAGAAGAAGCGGGAGUAUUAUAUCAACGCCUAAGAGGCUUCCAUUGGAAUCGGAAUCGGACUCGGCACCGUAGGAUGGGUCUUCUUUUUGUUUUGUCCUGUGUUUGUUUUCUUCUGCAGCGGUGGCACUGCAAGGCUAAAUGUCAACACGGUCUGCGACAAUGUUGACGUUGACGAUUUAGUUGGCCAACAAAAAUAACCCAGAGUGGCUGCAACCGGGCUUCAUUUUUCCCCCAGAAGCCCCCAGAAGCAGACACGUACACAAAUCGGAAGGCAGUGGAAUUUGUGCUGCUUAAACGUUUCGCCAUCUCUGUUGGUUUUGCCACAGUUACAGUUUCUCGAGUGUCAGGCAACAUGGCUCUAUUGUUUGGCCACUGUGCACAGUGGGUUUCAUUUGGCACUUGACAUUUGUCCAGCCAAUUAGGCUUUCGCGUUCGCCAUUUUUUUGGUCGUAUUUUUUUAGAGGUCGUUAGGAAAAUAAUCAGCACAAAGGAUAGCUUUGUGUUUGGCAAGCACUUUUUAAAUUUUGCACUAUUUUGCUCUGCCAGACAAAGAACUUUUUAGGACAUCAAUAAAUUCGAAUUUUUAUGCCGCACCCUGGCAUUUCAAUUUAAAAUGCAAUGCACUCGAGGUCUCCACCAUGCAGCAACCUUUUGUUUGUCAAACCGAGAGGGAAUAAUAAAAAAGAGCCAACCGAAACCUCGCACCACGCAAUAAUGGAAGCGAAAGAAAUAUAACCGAUACUUUUGCAAGUGCGCUGUGUCGAUAUUGUUGCCUUUGCCUCCCAAAACUGAAUGGUGGAAACAUUGUGCAUAUGUAACACUGAGAAAACAGUUAGUUUUAAACUGUUAGUUUUAACUAGAACAUGAAAUUUAUUAUACAACUGGUAAAACUUACAAAUCAAUGCAAUAAAUUUUCUAUUAUUUUUUAAUUUAAUGAGUUUGAAAAUAAAAACAAAAAUGGGUUAGAAUAAUUUCUGAAUUUAUUUUUAGUUUCAAAAUAUUGCCAGGAAGCAAACCAUCAUAUAAAUUACGAUUAAACUCUUUUAAAUUUUUUUAAACCAAAAACAGUUAUUACAAUUAAAGCGAUAUCCGAACACAAAAUAAAAGUUCAUUUCGAAUACAUUUUGUAAGGGUUAACAUCAAACCAUUUAAAAACAGUGGUACCGGUUUUUUAGUUUUUUCAUUUAUAUUAUGUUUUUGUUUUGUAUGUUAUAGUUUAAUCUUUUCAAACCGUAAUUGACUGUUUUUAAAUGCUAUUAAGAUUUUAAUUAUUAACAUUCAGUUCUAUAUCAUAUUACGAAGCUCUAACUUUAUUUUUUGUGUGUUCUGACACAAAUAUUCCAAUUGCCAAUAUUGACAGCGCGGGAGCAUUUAACCAACCAAUGGAUAGGGACAAGAGACAUUCCCAGCUAGUGAGUGACUUUUCUUAUAUCCUUUUUUUGUCCUUUUUGUCAGCUUUCUGUGUUUGUUUCCUUUUUUUAGAUAGGGGGUGCUUAAGACCGUAGCUCGAGGCUGUAAUAACAAAAACAGUAAGGGAAACUCGGUGCAAUGCACACGAACAAAGCAUAAAGGAACAAUAAAAGAAAUCGUCCUGCGAUAUCGUGGUAGCAAAGCGAUUCCGAACCGGAGAUAAAGGCCAGAAAGAGUUGGCAUUAAAUUAGAGCAAAAUGGACCACUUUUAAAGGUCUUUCCACAAGCUGAGCUGAGCUGUGGGCAUAAAUUAAGGCUCUUGUCGGCCGGAAGGCCACAAAAAAAUAUAUGUAUGUUCAAUAUAAAACGUAAUCCGGCUCACAUCCCAAAUAAAAACCGACACACAUCCGCCUUUUUGGGCAAUGUGUCGGGAACUCAAUGUUAAUCAGCUUAGACAACCUCCGUCAUCGGUUUCAGAGAGUUUUGUUGUUGUUUUUCCUGCUUUUUUUAGGCACAUCAAGAGGGCUAAGAGCAAACAAAUAACUCGAGUUUGUGGGCUAUGGGGCCGUUAUCCCCUGGAAAUGCUUUUAAAAAUUAAAUAACUGAUAAAUGACAAAGUUCGUUGGACCAGAAAUUAUCGUUUGACAAAUUGGCAGGCCAUGAUGAGAGCUCAUCAAUUGCCUGGCAACCACGUGGCGACCGAGUCUUGUUAUAUCCUUCGGCUAGAAGGCACUUACGGCAAAGCCAGACGAAUUACUUAUGACUAAAUGGGUCUAUUGACAUGGAAAAUUAACCCUGAGAAGAUUUUUCGUUCAAGGAUUUACGAUAAAUUACGCUUUAGCUCAAAUGGAAACUUUUUGUUCAUAAAAAAAUAAAUUUUUCAUAUUUUAUUUUUUUGUCUAAUGUUAAAGUUAUUUAUUUUCUCUGAUAUUAUUUUUAAACCAGUAUUUAUAUUUCAAAGUUGUAAUACUCCCGCCAAAGAAUCCCUUCUUUUCACAGCACAAAACUUUGACCACAAACUAAACACAAAAGUUAACUUGACACUCAACCACCGAAAUGUAGUUUAAUAGUGCAUCACCAACAAUAGCCAUGGAAAGCGAAAAAUGGAAAGAUAAAAACUUUACUAAUGAUCAGUUAAGCAAAAAAAAUCCCAGCGUAAAAACGCAGACACGCUCAAAGAGCAACAAUAAAUUUUACGAUGACCAUAAUAAAAAAAAAAGAUUGGAAGGACACGCGGAGCACAUAUUUUAGCACUUGUCGUGUUUCUGAGUCAGGAGAAAAAUUGAGUUUGGGGGCACUCAAAAUGCAUGCUUAUCCUUUGAAGGAAACUCACUUUCACUAUUUGCGAAAAGAGUGACUCGUAGCUUUUUAAGCGCUCCCAGAUACAUAGCCACCCCAAAAACCAUCCCACCCCAUCCAACCGUAGUCAACUUUACGUCCAGUUUUAUAGUUUUUUUUAUGUAUGGCUGUCUCACUAAUUGCCGCAUGACUUGGCCAAAGAUGAAAAGAAUGUUUCCGGGCGAAACGAAAUUAAUAAAAUUACCAUCGCUGGAAUGGACGAGUAUUGUGUAUUGUAUAUGCAUUUAUCCAAUUGCACUUCUAGCGUAGCAUAUAGAUAUCUAUGUAACCAAGAUAGAUGUGACCACUUAUACCUAGUAAACUAUUGAAUUUGUAGCUAAUUCGAAGGCAGUGCAUCCUUUUUUGUCAUGAAAAGGGGGACCAAACGUACAAUGAAACAAAGAAUUCAAUACGAAAAACGUGUACUUUAUUUUAACUAAUUAAAUCUAACAUAAGUGAGAUCUAUAAAUGUUGAUAGUAGUGUGAAAAUUGUUAAAACUAUAUUCGAUAUACUUUAUGUACAACAAUACAAUAAAGAAAUGUUUAUGCAUGUUAUUGAACUCAAGUUGGGGUUUUAAUUAAAAGAAAAGUUUUACUUUGCAUAUAAGCACAUAUUUAAAAACAAAUGCAACAAAGGAGUAAAA